GUUUCCCUUUCCCCGCAUCCCGAGUCCGACGUUACAUCCAUGGCGUCCAAGAGAAUCAUUUCUCGUCUCAUCAAUGCUUCUCAACACUCAGCUUGUCCUUGUCAUGGCUGCUCAGCUGGUACGACUCACAUAGGCCAGCAAGUUGCUGCAGUUAAUCAGCUCCGACAUCUCGCUACCCCCGUGGAACACGUUCAGAAGGAAUACGCUUUCGAGGUAGCAGCGUCAAAUUUGAGAUUUGGAGAUGGCGUUACUGCAGAAGUCGGAAUGGACCUCAAAAAUAUGAAAGCUCGCAAGGUUGGAGUCCUCACGGACCCCGUCGUUGCCAAACUUAAACCUAUGAAGACUACUCUGGAAUCAUUGCAAUCCCAAACAGACCUUCCUUUUGAGGUUUAUGACCAGGUGGUGGCCGAACCUACCGAAGAUAGCUGGAGAAGUGCCAUUGCUUGGGCAAGAAAACACGAUUUUAGUCACUUCCUUGCUGUGGGAGGGGGAAGUGUCAUCGAUACCGCUAAAGCAGCGAACCUAUUUUCGGUUUAUAAGGAUUCGGACCUGUUUGACUUCAUCAAUGCACCGGUCGGGAAAGGUCUUCCUGUCACACAGACUCUUCGUCCUCUUAUUGCCGUUCCUACAACGGCGGGUACAGGCUCAGAGACCACCGGCGCUGCCAUCGUUGACAUCACCGCUCGUUCGUUCAAGACGGGAAUUGCCAAUCGAGCACUUAAGCCAGCUUUGGGCAUUGUGGACACCCAAAACACCGAAUCAUGUCCAACAGAAGUUCAUAUCAGCGCCGGCCUCGAUGUGCUCUUCCAUAGCAUGGAGAGUUACACCGCUAUCCCUUAUACCGAGCGUAUGCCACGGCCCGCAAAUCCAGCUCUGCGGCCCGCAUAUCAAGGAAGCAACCCAGUCGCUGACAUCUUCUCAAUGUGGGCACUUCGAACGACCGUCAAAUACCUCCCGCGCAUCGCAAAGAACAAGGACGACGAAGAGGCUCGUCGGCAAAUGCUCCUCGCUGCUUCUUUUGCCGGUAUCGGGUUUGGAAAUGCAGGGGUUCAUCUUUGUCAUGGGAUGAGUUAUCCGAUCUCAGGUCUGAACAAGAAAGGCCCAAAAUAUAAACACCCCGGAUAUGUUCUAGAUCAUCCCAUCAUUCCCCAUGGUAUCAGUGUUGCGCUUACAGGCCCUGCGGUGUUUCAGUUCACUUCACCCUCAUCCCCUGACCGUCAUCGGGAAGCUCUGGCCAUCUUUUCAAAUACCAACACCUUUGAUCCUUCUAUCACGCGAAUCCCUGAUUCUGAAAUAGGCGCUUACUUGUAUGAAGCCAUAGCUCGCUUCCUGGAUGGCCUCGGUGUUCCUCGUGGAUUGAAAGCUGUCGGUUACAAAUCAUCUGACAUAGGGAUGCUCGUCGAGGGGACGUUGCCUCAGAGACGCGUUUUGGACCUCGCACCAGGAAUAGGCGAUUUCGUGGGCGAAGAUGGAAGACACCAUUUGACUCGAAUCCUGGAAAAUUCUUUGGAAUACUGACCUCGGUGGGGCGAUGAAUCUUGACACUUAAGAGUAACUCAGAAAACAUUGACAG